AUGGGGCCCCUGGGCAAUAGGGGAUCAUGGGGCCCCUGUGUCCUUGCCCAAACUCAAAAAAGCCUAUCAAAAAGGUACCAGGGGCAUCUCAUGGGGGCACUUAUACCCCCUUCCUGUCCAGGCCAAUUUUCAGCUUUCAGCGCUAUCACACUUUGAAUGACAAUUGUGCGGUCAUGCAACACUGUACCAGGGGCGGACUAACAACUCAUGGGGCCCCCGGGCAAUAGGGGAUCAUGGGGCCCCUGUGUCUUUGCCCAAACUCAAAAAAGCCUAUGAAAAAGGUACAAGGGGCAUCUCAUGGGGCCCCCUACUGACCCCGGGCCCUCGGGCAGUGCCCGAGUUUCCAAAUGGUCAGUCUGCCCCUGCACUGUACCCAUAUGAAAUUUUUAUCAUUUUUUG